AAUCGCUCCUCCAUUCACGCGCACAGAACUGUAACAUAGUAAGCAGUGAAGUGAAGAAGAAGCUCUCUAGAAAGCUCUCUAGCGCACUUUCGGAAUCUGAAGACGAAAAAUGCAGCAGCAUCCGGCCUCUCUGGAUUCUGAUCCUCAGCUCCCACAAAUCAAAAUUCACCAUCCUUCAUCACCUCGCCACCACACCGCCGCCACCCCUACACCCACCGCUGGCGCCCGCCGCAAGAUUGGUGUCGCCGUUGACCUCUCUGAUGAGAGUGCAUAUGCCGUUCGCUGGGCCGUUCAGCAAUACAUCCGCCCCGGUGACGCGGUGAUCCUCUUACACGUCAGCCCCACCUCUGUCCUUUUCGGUGCCGAUUGGGGCUCCAUCGAUCUUUCUAUCAAUACAGAUCCUAACUCAGAGGAAGAUGCUGUCAACAACGUUAACAGCAAUGAACCGUCCAAGAAGAAGCUCGAAAAUGAUUUUGAUGCUUUUACGGCGGCCAAGGCAGCCGAUCUCGCUAAGCCUCUCAGAGACGCUCAGAUUCCCUUUAAGAUCCAUAUUGUAAAAGAUCACGACAUGAAGGAACGUUUGUGCUUAGAGGUGGAGAGGCUGGGACUGAAUGCGGUGAUCAUGGGAAGUCGAGGAUUCGGAGCUGCACGUCGAGGCAGCGAUGGCAAGCUCGGGAGCGUCAGCGAUUAUUGUGUGCAUCAUUGUGUUUGUCCGGUGGUCGGUCGGUAUCCAGAUGAAAAGGAAGAUGGAAUUGGCGGCGGCGGCACUGUUGAUAGUGCUGUAGUAGCUGUGAAGGAUGAAGAAGAGGGCGAAGCAGUAAUCAAGCCAGUGCAACAUGAACAUACAAAAGGUACUACCAGUUGAGUUUUGGUCUGGGUCAGUAGAAGAAAAUCAUCUUCCCUUUGGUUCUUCAUUACUUAUUGCUUCAUGGGUCUCAUGCAUCUUGACGUCCUUUCCUUUGUUUGCCGUUCUGCAGAAUUUUUGUGCUCCAACAGUGACUGGCCGAAACAGUUUGGGGGUAGAUUUUCUGUAUGGAGAGCGCUCUGUAUUUCUCUCCGCUGUGUUGUACUUGGAGCAUUUCUUGCCUGUGAACUUUCGAUACAUUGUCGUGAAUGAUUUUGUAUUGGCUUGAUGUAAUGUCGGUAUUUUUAAGCUGUUGGGAGAUUGAUUUAGAGUGGUAUGUCCUCUUCGAUCUAGAUGUACAAAUUGCCUGCGACUAUUUUUAAGCUAUCAUUUCCUUUCUGUAUCUUGGAGAUGGGAUUAUCAUGGUGAGCAUCCAAAUGAAGAUAAUUUGAUUGCAUUAUGUUGAUAGAAGCACUGCAAUCUUCAGAAAGUCAGCAUGUCUGUACGUUGUUGAUAGAACAGAGACGGAAAACGUUUUCCGCUGGUGAAAAUCAGUAAUUUUGAUUGAUUUUGUGUAACUAACUGCAUCCUGAAACUGAACUCACUGUUUACAGCUCUGUAAACAACACGGCUUUCAAUAUAUAUGUUGGUACUUGUCCUUACUUGUAA